GAAAAUUAGAAUUAUUUUAGGACAACCAUAAUUGGCUGGAAUCCCAAAAAGCACGCUGGGACGCCAUUUUUGAUCUCUUACUUAACCUGCUCUUCUCCUCCUCAAUCUUCUCAACUGCUCAAAAAAUUAUCCAUCCUCACGUUUUCCUGUAACCUCGUCCAUCCUCUUUCUUCACCUCCACGCCUCUUUGAUUUCGCCCAUUCUUCUUUGUUCAUGAUCGAUAUUAUUCGCCCCUUCCCAUGAAUUUCUCUUGACGGAAAAAAAAAAUUACGGAUAAAAAGUUUGAUCCACAUUUUCCUGCUCCGCCGGCGGAUACCCAACCGACGUCGUAUCGAGGAGCCUCGUCCGUUGUUGUGGUUUACUAGAUCGUUGGUUGUGUGUUCGUACGUCGAAUGGCCGCGGCGGCUUUACGGCUGGCGGCGCGGUUGCCCGGCCCGAACCGGCUGGGUUCGAGGUCCAUCUCCGAGACACUUUAGCCCUUGUUAGGAGAUUAGAGGCGCAAGGAGUGCCGUCGAAGCAAGCAGAGGCAAUAACUGGGGCAAUGACGGAAGUUCUGAAUGACAGCUUGGACAAUGCUUCCUUUUGGUUUGUUUUCAAAGGUGAAAUGCAAAUAAAUGAGAUGACGCAGGAAUCCAUUUUGUCCAAAUUCAAGACUGAAGUUAAAAGUUCCCAGGACAACCAUCUUUCUCUUUUGCAACGUGAGACUGAGAAACUGAAGGUUGAUAUAGAAAAGAUGAUGGAAAAACUCAAGAGUGAUCUAGAGAAGAUGCGUAGUGAAUUAAGGAGAAUCCGGGAUGAGCUGAACGAUCAAAAUCAAGAAACAACUAACCUGACUAACAAACUUGAUCGAGAAAUUCAUGCAUUGCGUGCUCAAAUAGAAGCAGCAAAGUAUGAUGUGAUCAAAUACUGCAUAGAUUCACUAGCAUCUGUGGCUGCCGAUGGUCUAGCUGUAAUUCGUAUUCUGAUGUAG